GAAGAAGGGGAUGAGUACAGGAGAAGGAGAGGAUGGGCUCGAGGUUGUUGACUUGAGCUUUGUUCUCCAUCCACAGGUCUUUGCUCCGCCAGGAAGCCGUCCAUGUCCGGUGUACCAGGAGCUGACGCUGAAGGAGAGCUCGGCGGCGCUGGCCGUCAUCGCCUUUCGUAACUACUACACCGCCGCGUUGAGACUCUCGUAUCUUCGGGCAAAUGAUGAUACUGGCGAUGAUGAAGUGGCUGAUGAUCGUUGGAUUGAUAUGGAUGUCGUCAAGCUCAUGGCCGAUCCCCAUCUCGAGACUGAUGCCGAGGCCUGGAUCAUUCUUGUGGUGGCGCCCAGAUCCGCUGAUGGAGAGGGUGCAGACGAUUCCAUGUCUGCCUCACCGCUGACAAAGGUAAUCAGCUGUCGCCUGCCUGAUCCGCAGCCGGCCAUCACCCGCAUCCGGUUGUAUCUCAUCCAGCCAUCGCCGCUGUGGCGCCGGUUUGGUGUCAAUGAGCUAGCUGUCCUUGGCCGCGCUGUCUAUGGCAAGGCUGCUGCCGAUAAGGAUGGCGUAAGUGCGUCGGACGCCGACAAAGAUCCCCGCGUUGCGCGGAUCGAGGGCCACCUCGCCCGCCUCCGCAAACUCCGCGACCUACUCAACCCCCGCGUUGCCAUCCUGGCCGGCUACGACCUCGCGCUUCCUGACAACUACGCCGCCAUCGAUCCCAGAUGAGCAAUGCCACAGCAUAGGGCCCUCCUGGCCUCACCCGGCUCACCUCAUCACGCCCUCUAGGCAACAGAUCAAGACCAACAACGUGCCGAUGCACAACAGCAUACAACAUCCCUCCAUCCCGUACCAACUAUCCGUACGGCCCAAACACACACACUCCC